UCAGUGCUUGGAAAAAGAACACACAACACAGUGAUGUCACGGAUACCCGAGUGGGGAUACGGCACUGCCAAUGGUCCAGACACAUGGGCAGAUUAUUUCCCAUCGGCCAAAGGACAACACCAAUCGCCUAUUGAACUGCACACCCGGUAUAUUAGGCACGAUGCGAGCCUGAAGCCAUGGACUGCUUCCUACCGCCCAUCCUCUUCCUUGACUAUUCUCAAUGAUGGUACUACAAUCAGAGCGAUGUUCGAUGGUUCAUCAGUGUUAAAAGAUGGACCUCUUAAUGGAACCUACAGACUGCUGCAAUUGCAGUUUCAUUGGGGUUCUUCUGAUGACCAAGGAUCUGAACACGUUAUAGAUGGACUGAGAUAUGCAGGAGAGAUACAAUUUGUUCAUUGGAACUCAAAGUAUGAAAAUAUUACAGAAGCCAAGAAGCAUCCUGAUGGAGUGGCCAUAAUAGCUGUGUUUUUAAAAAUUGGCAAAGCAAAGCAGCAUCUGAAUGCAAUUUUGGAAGCACUAGGCUGCAUAAAGGCAAAGGGAAGAAAAGCUCAUUUCACAGAUUUUGACCCUUCAAUCCUGUUCCCUACGUCUCGGGAUUACUGGACAUACCAAGGCUCCUGUACAACCCCCCCAUGUCAGGAGGGUGUCAGCUGGCUGCUCCUAAGAGAACCCAUCCCAGUCAGCCCAGAACAGAUGAAGAAAUUUAGGAGUCUUCUUGCAACUAUGGAGUGUGAAAUCCCAAUACACUUGGUUGACAAUUAUCGGCCCACCCAGCCCCUGAAUGGGAGAGAAGUUAGAGCAUCUUUUGACUAGAAGACCGUUCUGCAGGAAUGAAGCUUAGACUGUGAUGCAUGCAUUGCUAGCUGAUAAUCCCAAAAGCAGAUCCUUGAAAAAUAUUACAUUAUAAUCUCAUUUCUGAUAUAUCCAUUGUGCUCACCCUUUUAACCAUUAAAUUCAAUAAAGAAGUGGCUAUGUUG